AAAACAAAGGGCUUUAAACCUGUGCUCUGCAGGUGCCAUUUGACCGAUAUCUCAUGACGUCACAUGUAUGUUACUUGGCCGUUUCUAAAAUGAUAUGAGCGCAGAACUAGUCGAACUGCUGAGCGGUCCUGUUUUUACAGAAAAAACAACUGUGUAAAUACAUUGAUAGCUACAAGUUUUAUCUAUCGGAAAUUAUUUUUUAGUUUUGAACGAAGAACGGUUUUCUUUCGCACAAGGGGGGAAAGUGGGGAACGUUUUUUUUCGUACUCUUUGUAGCCAUACAACCACUUGUCGAAGUAUUGGGAAUAUCCAUGACAGCCUAUUCAUACUGCUACCCCGUAGCGAACAGCGAGCCUCGAGAGUAAUCGCCGAGAUUGUAACUUCAUUUUUGACAAGCAGUCAAACACCUGUUGCAAAAGAGAGCUUUAUCUUUUUAUACAGGCUGGGAAUAAGACUGGGUGGCAAGUUGACCACCACAGGAGCUGUGAAGGAGGACCACUCUGAACUUCAGCUACCUCUUUUCAUUUUGUACUUUUGAGCGAGAAAAAAUGACUGAGAAAAAGAAUGGAAGUCCGGGGAUUUCUCUCCCGGGAAGCGCGGGGGUGACCUUCCUGACCCCAUGUCGCGUGGCGGGCGUGUGUCUGACCGUGGUGCUACUGGGGGGGAUUGGAGCUGCUGUCUGGGCUGUAGUAACGUUUUGUAUCCGAGAAGAAGACACAGGAUUAUAUGAUGUCCAGGUGAACUCCAAUCCAAGCUCGGACCUACGUCUCCGGGUGUUUGACUCGGCCCAGCGACGGUGGAGACACGUCUGUUCCUCAGAGGCCAACCAGCUCCUGGCCAACAUAAGCUGUGAGGAGAUGGGCUUUGUCAGCGUGGUGAAUUACUCCGUGUUCAGUAUCCCUGAAGGCAGUAACGACCGUGAGGAGGUCUUCUGUGUCAAAGAGAAGGAGCUGACCUACGGCAAGAAGAUCAAAGAGUCUCUAUAUCCCUGUGGCUGUGAAAGUGGCCAGGUUCUAAGUCUGCUUUGUCAAGACUGUGGCAGGCGUAGUCUGACAGAGGACCGUAUAGUGGGUGGUGUGGAUGCUAGGCAGGGUAGCUGGCCGUGGCAGGUCAGUCUGCAGUAUGACGGGGUGCACCAGUGUGGAGGCUCCAUCAUCUCAGACCGCUGGAUCGUCAGCGCAGCCCACUGCUUCCCAGAGAGGAACCGUCAGGUGUCUCGAUGGAGGGUGUUACUGGGCUCCAUCUACAACAAGCUCACCCAUAAGAAUGUUAGGGUUCUUGAGGUAAAGACUGUGGUGUACCACAGCAGCUACCUGCCCUUCGUAGACCCCAACAUAGAUGACAACAGCAGAGACAUCGCUGUCCUGGCUCUGGCCCAGCCUCUUCACUUCACAGACUACAUCCAGCCGGUGUGCUUACCCCACUAUGGCCAGCGCCUGAUUGACGGCCAAAUGGGGACAGUGACAGGCUGGGGAAAUGUAGGUUACUAUGGGACUCUUGCUGACGUUCUUCAGGAGGCUAACGUGCCGAUCAUCAACGACGCUGUCUGUAACGCCCCUGAUUACUAUGACAACCAGAUCACCACCAGCAUGUUCUGUGCUGGCUUUGAGAAGGGUGGUACCGAUGCCUGCCAGGGGGACAGCGGGGGCCCGUUUGUGGCUGAGGACUGCCUGUCCAAGGCCAGCCGUUACCGCCUGCUGGGGGUGGUGAGCUGGGGAACAGGCUGUGCCAUGGCCAAGAAGCCUGGCGUCUACACCAGAGUGUCCCGCUUCCUACCCUGGAUCUCCUCAGCCAUGAGGACGUAUCAGAAUUCACCAGGAGUGCACAAAAUGGCGCGUACAUGGGAGCACUAACCAUACCUUUAAGGGAUCAGAAAUUACCAAAAUCUUAUCCCUUCAGACUUACUGCACUUCACCUGUUAAAAAUCCCCAUCCUAUUUGGGGAACAUUGAGCAAAUAUCUGAUGUAUAGGUAAAUUCAGCUAGAUUACCUGAGGAAACCCUUGAAGUGGUAGCUUGACCAAAGAAUAACCAAUAGGUGUAUGGUCUUGUGAAAUGUAAAAAGUGUCAAAUGAAAAGACUUAUGGGACAUGCAUGACAAAGUCAUAGAAAAUCACCACUCUGCCAGCCAAUGUACAGGUUGUACUGUCAUAUGGGGAUUAUUUGUAUGUCAUCAAAGGGUACAUUUUUGUAUUCAGGGUUUCCUUACAGUUUGACUCUUUUCAGGUGCAACAAACUUAUAAUACACAACAAGCCUGAUGAAAAUGUCAUGCUCAAACAGACAUUAAAAAACAUUCAGGCUAGUUUUGCCAUGAAGUUUCUCCUUCAUAUUAUUCCCUUAAACAAAUAAUGCCAAAGUUACUGAAGAGAUUUUAACAUAGACAGCAUGUAGCUGAAAUUCCCUGAGACCUAAAAUGCUUGUAACAAAAAAAACAUUGGUGUCAGAUAUUCAGCUCUUGGAAUUGUCUCACUAUCCUUUGUUUGUACCACAGAUUGCAGUUCAGAGUGACUGUAAAGUUCUAUAAUGAUAUAUGAUGUUUCUUUGUUUUGUUUUUGUUCGGGACAUGAAUUUAGGGACAAGUAAACAGGUGAAAUGUAAAAUAUAUUUCUAUUACAUGUAUGUAGAUUAGAAAUUGAGCUAUAGAACGUAGGAAAUAUUCAUAGUUAAAUCAGUUUUUUAUUUGUUUUGCUUUAUUGUAAAUAUUAGUAGCUGAUUUUUUGAAAAUGGAUGUUUAUUUGUAAGCGAUCCAUGGAUUUCAAUCUCAAAUAUGCAAUAACAACCAGAAUCAUGUUCUUAUUAACCAUUUCAGCUUCACAAGUUACUAAGGAAUUACUGUUAACAACACCAAGUCAUAUUACAUAUUCAUCACAGGAUGAUGCAUUACACUACAGAGAUCAAACUCAGUUGUGUGUUGUCAGUUAAGGGCCUAUUACCUGCUGAGAACCACAACUACUUUAUUGGUAGAGAAUUAGCUACACAGCAACACUAGAAAAACUCUGCACAAUUGCCGGUAUUGUCUGUUGAUCAUCAUGAUUCAAUUUGCUGUAGUUUAUUGUGAUGUAGUUUAUCAAGCUUAUUUGAUGGUCUUUAUGCUUUCAUUUCCCCGUUUUAUAUUGUUUGAAGUCUAGUCUCUAUGCAGAUGAGAAUGUAUAUAUAUAUUCUGUGAAGAAAUUAUGAAAUUUUUAGUAAGGAUGUUAUUGUUACUGAUUUCAACUCUGUUCCUUCUGUAAAUGUAAAUUGUUCUAUUGAAUAUUGUAUUGAAAUAAAGAUUUAAUUUAACAAACUGGA